AAAUAAUCGCUCGAGUGAGCCGUCUGGGUCACGAGAAGUAGUCUACGGUCUUUCCCACGCAAAAAGUGUUGCCGUCGUUUUGUAGACACCAGCAGACCACAUUUUUUACAAUUUAUCGUUAGUGCACGUUAUUUACAGUAAUAAUGAAACCAUUAAUGUUGCACGGGCACGAGCGUGCCAUAACGAAAAUUAAAUACAACAGGGAGGGAGACUUAAUUUUCUCAGCCAGUAAAGACAAAAAUCCAAACGUCUGGUGGUCCCUCAACGGCGAGCGUCUAGGAACAUUCAAUGGCCACAAUGGUUCCAUCUGGUGUAUCGACGUCAACUGGGACACGACGCGCUUCAUGUCCGGAUCUGGAGACAAUACCUUGAGGAUUUGGGAUUGUCAAACUGGCAGGGAAAUUGGCCAACUGCCCACCAACAGCUCCGUGAGAACCUGCCAGUUCAGCUACUCAGCGAACACCGCUGUCUACUCCACUGACAAAGCUCUUGGACACCAGUGCGAGAUGUUCAUCAUCGACACCAGGACUGUUGAUCCCAUUCUUUCACAGGAGGACGCCAUUCGUAGGAUCCCAAUCAAUGGACCACGUAUCUCAGCUAUCCUCUGGGGUGCUCUCGAUGAAACCAUCAUCACUGGACAUGAGGAUGGCGAGAUAAACGUUUGGGACGUCAGGACUGGAAAGAUACUGACGAGCGCCAAGGGCCACCGGUCCCAGAUAAACGACAUGCAGUUCAAUAAAGACGGUACAAUGUUCGUAACAGCAUCGAAGGACCACACGGCCAAGCUCUUCGACAGUGAACAACUCGUCCACCUCAAAACGUACAAGACAGAGCGUCCGGUGAACUCUGCCACGAUAUCCCCGAUUUUCGAUCAUGUGGUGCUUGGAGGAGGUCAAGACGCCAUGGACGUAACCACUACCUCAGCUCGCCAAGGUAAAUUCGAUGCUCGUUUCUUCCAUCUGGUCUUUGAGGAGGAAUUCGCCAGGCUCAAGGGUCACUUCGGACCCAUCAACUCCCUCGCCUUCCAUCCGAAUGGUCGAAGCUUCUCCAGCGGUGGUGAGGACGGUUACGUGCGCAUCAACACCUUUGAUCAAUCUUACUUCGAUUUUCAUUUUGAAUAUUAAAUUAUUAAAUUGCAUUAGCUGAGUUCAACAGUGAAGGGGCCCGAACAAUAUCGACGAUGGUUUAUCCAUCGAAGGAGAGAGGUUCACAAGAAAAUGUCGAAAGAAUAUUUCCAGAGGAUUCAAUUUUGUAAAAAAAAUUUUUUUUGACAUUUUGCUUUGGAAUCACUGCUGAUUGGGGUGAAUAAAAAAUUAACAAUUGCCUUCAAGUAUGUGUGGUAAUUAGGAAAUUAUCUGAAAAAUGGAAUAUUUCUGAAUGGUUAAUUAAAAUGAAAUCUAAAAUCAAAUUUCCCCUCUUCACUGACGAAUUCCCAAUUUCUGGAAAGCCCCAAAAUUAAGUAAAUUGUAAAGCGCAAUAAUUCCGCAACCUACACUCGAUAAUUUGUAUUAAUAAAAUCAUGUUAAAUACAA